AUGGGCUCCUUAUGGCACGUCCAGAAUGAACCAUUCCCAAACCUUACUUGGUCGACUGUCUCGUGGAAUCUGGGAGCUGCACUGUUCCCCUUGCUCUUUGUGCCUCUGACUGGAAAUUUCCUUCGCGCAAAAUUUUGCUACUAUGGUCGUUACUCGAUUCAUUGGAGGUGGCGCAUCAUCAGUCAGUAUCAACCUAGUGGGAGGCUCCAUAUCAGAUCUGUACCGGACAGAGAAAGAAAGGUAAUGGUUCUUAACAAUGCAAAUUCAACGAUCGAUCCCAAUGUCCAUUUUCGGAUGGACAUCGGUAGAAUUGCACUUGGCCCCUUCAUAGGUGGGGCCAUUCAGCGAAAUCUCAAUUGGAGAUGGAUACAUUAUAUUCAAAUCAUCUUCAAUGUACGUGUCAGAGGAGCCGCUCCUAAGAUUUUAACUAAUUCUUUUAUAGNNGCUGGGUGCCUUCCUAUCUUCUGGUUUCUCCUUAAGGAAACUCGAGGCGAUGUAAUUCUCGCAAGGAGAGCCAAGAAACUUCGCAAAGAAGGCCGGAAUGCUUAUGCUAGAAGCGAACUAAACAAGGACAAUGUACUUGAGAUGCUAAAGGUAUCCUUCAAAAGACCUACCAAGAUGCUAUUGACAGAGUAUACUGUCGCCUCAUUCACCACCUUUAGCACAAACUAUAGGUUCAGUGUCUUUCAGACCUCGCUUAUACAGCUCUCUCUGAGUGCAGGAGCUACGAUAGCCACCAUUGUCAACCCUUUUCAAGACCAACCCUACCUGAGAUCGGCGAGAAGAAACAAAGAAUCUCCAGGAAAGCCUAUACCAGAGGCCAGACUUUACUUUUCCAUCCCAGGUUCUCUAAUCUUUACGGCAGGAUUGUUCGUCUACGGGUGGACAUCGUACACUUUUGUUCCUUGGAUUGCACCAGCUAUUGGCAUAGCGAUGGUUGGUUUUGGUAUCUACUCCAUCUACCAAGCUGUUGUUUACUCUGCCUCUGCACUGUCGGCGGCAUCUUUUGGAAGAAACGUCUUUGGAGCAUUUCUUCCACUUGCGUCUCCUCAAUUGUAUUCCAAUCUUGGAUAUCAAUGGGCUUCCACUCUGCUCGGCCUAGUUGCUCUGAUUCUGAGUUUGGCUCCUGUGUUCCUUCUUAUCAAAGGAUCUGCUAUCCGAGCUAGGAGUCCAUUCAUGGCAGGUUCGUUCUUCUUUGUGUUCAAAACAGUUCUUGUACUUACCAAGUCGCUGNCAGAGUCUGCAUACGAUGACGAAGUUGCGGAAGAGAGAANNAAAAACGUAUCAGUGGCAAAACCAGCCGGUCGAGCGGGAGGCAACCCUGGACCUCAUGGUCAAGCGGUACCUGCUACUGUGUAG